GGACAAUAGUGUGAAGGAGAACACAACGGCCCGACUGUCGUCCACACCCGACAAGCUGUAGUCAGUGGUGGAGAAAGACGUACUUCUCGCAUGGACAACCACAGCUAUGUUGACGAACUACUGUGUGAGACGGCCGAGGUCUGUUCCGACAUAAGUAGUGGGAGGCUUCAGCGUCCACGCCCUGAGAGAGGUUUUCGAGUCCAGGGAAACAAAGUUUAAUUUCGUUCGAAGAACUUGUGACAUACAGAUUGAAUACUUGUAGCUAACACGAGGUGCCGGGGAACGUUCUUGGGAGACAUACCGCGUGUCAACUGCCUAUACGUGUGAAGCGUCCACAUCGACAUCAUGAACAACCGUGGAUGUAACAAAGUCGAGGCCUGCCUCACCGUGGCCAACAUCAUCGGCGUGUUGGCUAUAGUGAUAAUUGCUGCGGUUAUAGGAACAGACAGAUGGCUCGUAUUCACUGUGGAGAGAAAUCGACUUCUCCCGGCGACACAGCUCGGCUCCAUGGAUGGGAUCAAAGCACGGUACUACCACACCCGACAGCGGGGUAUGUUCAGGGAGUGCUACCCCGGUAACGACACAAUGUUCCUCGACACUGCAACCGAUGUCUUGGACAAGAACUGCUUCUCGUUGCUGUUCAGCGACAAUCCGGACGGCGCAUCGGAUGACUAUAAGCUGAUGCUGGGGCUGUAUACGGCGUUCAUGGUGAUGUUCCUGGUGGGUGAGUUGAUCCUUGUCAUUGCCUACAUCAUUGGGCUGUGUCUCUGUGUUGGGAAGAUGUACUCCAAGGCCUGGGUGGCGGCUGUUCUGACUUUCCUCUCCGCGUUCCUCAUUGCCCUGGGUCUGGCUCUAUUCCACGGCUCUGUCCACGUGGAGAGGGAAAAUGUAAGGGACACGAUGGCGGACAGGCAACAGUAUUAUCAAUCAUGGCCUACAGAGUUGAAGAAUUCUACCAAAAUGGAAUUCAAAGAGUCCUACAUCGCUGCCUGGGUUGCUUUCGUGCUGGUGCUGAUCACGUGCUUUUGUUAUGGAAUGGCUGUACGGCUCUUAUCCCCACCUAAGCCCAAGUCUAAAGCCCCACCCCCAUCUGCCGCUCCGUACUACCCACAGCAAGUAAUCUACCCCGGCCAACAGACAGCCUACCCACAAGCACCUGUCGUUUACUAUCUGGAGUAAGAUGACCUACAAUAUGUUUUACAAGAAUAGUUAACUACGGAAAUAUCGAAGGGCGCACAGGGAGUAUCCGAGUUUUGAGCUAGGGGAAUAACAUUGCGAGCUGUGUCACAGUGGACAACUUCGAGAGAACAUUUCGAGAUAACAGGGUUAGAUUAGUCAUUUCCAGAUAAGACGAAUCAGUGUUUCGAGAUGAGGGAAGUGAUGCUACGAAGGACUGUGUCUUGCUGGACAACUUCAGGAAACAUUUCGAGAUGGAGGUAGUCAAAUCCGGUUGUGACGAAUCUAUAGAUAUAGUGACAUAUUAAGUGCUAACUUCACUUCAACUGUCAGUGAGCUCAGACAAAAGUUUUUGUCACAUCCGUCGUUGACCGUUCAUCGUUUACAAAAAGAUAUACUCCACCAGAAAUAAUGAUUGUAAUAUAGACUACGAUGUUGGAGUGUAAAAAGGAUCUACUGGUCGGGAACUGAUUGCGAUUGUGGUGUGGAUUGUCAUUCGUGUGGAUUGUCUGAUAGAGAAGAAAGAACGCUACAUGUCUUCACACUAUCAAAG